GGUCCACAGAAACAGAGAGAGAAGGAAGGAGAGUCGCGUCUUCUUUCCACCCCUUCUCGAGAGCUCUCGUUCUCGGUAGCUUCCCUUCUAUUCUCUUUGGUCUUCACCAUAUAUACUUCUAAAAAAGAGAGAGAAGGAAGAAGAAAUAAAGACAUCAAAUCUUCCAGGCCCGAUCUCCAACAGCUUGUUUUCUGGCAAGAUGGGAAAGUUCUGUAAGGUCUGGAGGAGAGGAUAGAUGUCAAGUUUCUUCAGCAGAAUGCAAUAUUAGCAUCAGUAGUGCUUUUCCUGUUUAAAUCACUGGCUUAUAUAUUUGGGACUUCAGCCAACAAUGGACGGCAGUUCCACUAAAUUCCGGCUUGUGAGAUGCCCAACAUGCCGCAAACGUCUAGUGGAGUAUGCUCAUAUUCCAGUAUACCCUUGUGGUGGAUGUGGCACAACCCUUCGAGCGAAAAAUCGUACUGCUGCUGGAGAAAAGGUUAACUCAAGAUCACCAGAAGUAGAUCAUUCUCAGAGUCUUUCAGACAUUGGUGCCUCGGAUAAUGGAUCCACCUCUUCUGUGAAACAAAUGUUUGCAUGUUCCACGAGUGCACACUCAUCAGAGUUGGAGCAUGAGGAAAAGGAAGCCAUACUCGCAAAUAUCUACUCCCUUGACCCCGGUGCGAAAUGUAAUCAUCGAGAGAAUGGAGAAGCCUCUGGUGAAAUUGGGAUUCAAGAAAAUGGUUCUGAUACUAAUCAACUUGCCAUCAGAAGUGAUGAUGCAUCCCAGAGCCAACCAGAUGGAGGUGUUCAUCCUAAAACUGAAGCACAAAAAUCUCUGAAGCCAGGUCAGCAACCUUCUGAAAGCUCAAAUGAAAUGAACAAAGUGGAAGAACCUCCCGAGUCUGUCAGCCAGAGCGUUGCCUCUAAGGAGGAUAUGGUUGACAGAGGAUCUGCUGAUGCGCUCGACCUUAGUUUUCGGUCUCUAGCUACUAGAAGCUCUCGUGCUUAUGAUGGCAGUGUAUCUUCUUUGGAUGAUGGGUACAACAAUCGUGCCCGGGACAGAUAUCUGCGUCUAUCUAGAAGAACUUAUCGACCACCAAAAGCUUUGGAUGCAGCUGAUAAUAAGGGAAAGGAAGGUGAGGCAGUUUCGAGAAGUAACCAGAUGACAAUUGAUGUUGAAGCAGAUCUUCGAGCCAGGAACCUCCCAUCAAAAUUGUCAAAUGAGAGGUAUGGCUCAAGUAUCAUGAGAAUGCAUGAACCAUCGCGAGAGACUUCUUUCGCGUCUGAAGACUUUCAUUCAGUACAGAACGGGAGGGAACCUGAAAAUGAUGGGCCUUCUAAAUCUGUAUCGAGAGGAUCAAGUUUCCAACAUGAGAGCAAAUCAUCCAAGUACCUCAGAUAUGGUAGCAUGGAUUUAUUAAGGAAGAUGUUCGAGCUAAAAUAUCAACUUCAUGGAAGCAAUCAAAGUGUACAAGGGGGGGAACCUUGCUCGAGAGGCAUUGAUGUCCAACAGCCGUUAUAUCGGAAGUCUGAACGCCAACCUCCUCAGUAUUUUAAUUCAAACUUGUUUCACCAUCCACCUGAGGCAAUUUAUGGGCCAAGACAAAUUGCAUUCCGACAGCAUCAAUUCUCACAAAAGCCUUUCUCAGCGCAGCGCAGCUGUUCCUGUGUGCAUUGCUGUCUGGAAGACCGACAAUUCCGAUUGCAGCCUAACCAUUGUGCUGAUGGUAUAAGUAGGGCUCAUGCCCACAAGUUGUGCUCCCAUUCUUCAACAGCUGGAAGCUCAGGCAUGCCUGAUCGUGAGCAGGAGAAGUUGCGCUAUAAUGAGAAAAGAAAGCGCAAAAAGAAUCAUUGCCGGCCCAUUUCUGGGGGUGCUCCUUUCAUGAUCUGCUACAAUUGCUUCGAAUUGCUUCAGCUACCAGCAGAUUUUCUCAUAUCGAGGAGGAGAGUGAAUAAGCUGAAGUGUACUGCCUGUUCUGAAGUCCUCCAGUUAUCAUUUCCUGCAAUAGCUCACAUUAGUCCUCAAUCUCCUGGCAAGGUGGUUCAUCCAUGCAAUGAGGUUGGCAAUUGCACAGAUGUGGCAACUGGAUCCGUUUCUCAUUCUAAUGAUUUCUCUCAAGGUGAUCCAGCUUCCUUUUCUGAAGUGUAUGGGUUCUCCUCCACCAAAAGCUUUUCUGCAGAGGCUGAACCUGUGCUACAUGUCUCGAGGAACACUUCUGAAGGAAAAAAUGACCAGCAGAUAUCAGGUUUACCACUUCAUCGGCUCAUGGGGUAUUCUUCAGCCACCGAGUUGUUAUACAAAUAUUGGGAUACUGAUGAAGGUUAUGAAAGCAUAGAAUCAAUGGUAACUCAUUCUUAUAGACCUUCUCAGGAAAGCCAUGUGAUUGAUAGAUUGAGAGAGCAUGGAAAGAGCACUUCAUGUCACAAGCGAAUAGGACCUUGUACUGAUCCAGAUUGUAUGGAAAUACAUGAGGAAGAAGAGUCACCUCAGCCAUUCUGAACUAGAAGAAGUUCUUUGUUUCAUGAUGGACUGGUGAAAGAGGGUACACUGGAGUUGACUCAUGAAUUUGAGAGCCUGAAACUGUAAGUUCAUGCAAAUCAAAAUAUUAUCCCAGAUCCUUGAUAUUGGCAUGCAUUCAUGAGUUUGUAUGUAUUUUGUAGCUUUUGUGAAUAGAUAGUGAGAGAGAGAGAGAGAGAGAGAGAGAGAGUAGAAUAGAUAGUUAGAAAACAAUUGUCUCCCUUUUCACUUAGAGACUGAAUAAUAUGUUAUGAUUAUUUCAGUUAAUGUUCGCAUCAUUAACUUUUUCUUAUA